GCAUCGUCUCGCGAGCCGCGACUCGUCUCGUCAUUUCCAUCGAACGCCCAGAUCCCACAUUCCCACCUAGCUCUGCGCGAUCCAUCCCGGCCGCCACGCCAAGGAGGCCCUCGCCUGACCUCGGAUCAAAGCCUCCUCCAUCCGCCUUCAUCCCGGCCGGUGGUUCGGGCCGUCACGGGAGGGGUCCAUCACUGGUUACUCGGUGGAGAGCUCGGGGCUCGGCUCCCAUCUCACGAUUCUCACCCCACACGCGCACCGGGUCACCUCGAUUCGGCAGCCUCGCGAGUCCUUGUUGCGUGGGUCACUGCCUCACUGGGUUCUGAGGCAAGGAAAAGAAGGCUUCAGUAGUCAGGUCUGGGUCAAGCCAUGAUGGAGAGAUCGCUGCUGGAGGUGCUGGCCACGGCGGCGCAAGGAGGGACCGAGGGGACGUCAGUGCUGAGCAUGCUCAAGUACGCCGUGCUGCCCAUCGCCAAGGUGUUCACUGUCUGCUUCAUGGGGUUCCUUAUGGCCUCCAAGUACGUCAACAUUCUCCAGCCCAACGGCCGCAAGCUUCUCAAUGGGCUUGUGUUUUCCCUUCUGCUUCCAUGCCUUAUAUUUUCCCAAUUGGGUAGAGCAAUCACUAUCGAGAAGAUGAUACAAUGGUGGUAUAUUCCAGUAAAUAUUGUUGUUGGCGCAGUAUCGGGCUCUUUGAUUGGAUUUGUUGUGGCAUCUAUCAUCAGACCUCCAUAUCCAUACUUCAAGUUCACUGUUAUCCAUAUAGGAAUAGGAAAUAUUGGAAAUAUACCUCUGGUCCUCAUUGCAGCGUUAUGUCGUGAUCCUUCUAACCCAUUUGGCGACUCUGAUAAAUGCAAUCAAGAUGGGAAUGCAUAUAUCUCAUUUGGCCAAUGGGUUGGUGCAAUUAUUGUUUACACAUAUGUAUUCAAAAUGCUUGCUCCACCACCAGGACAGACCUUUGAUGGUUCUGAAGAGGAUGGAAUCCCAAUCAAGGCAUCUGGAGAGAAUACAGUGCCCCAAGUAGGAAAAUAUCCUAUGAACACUAACAGUAGUACUGUACCAGAGAAUGAACCUUUGUUAUCUGCUGGGGAAGUUCAAAAGGAGCGUGCCACUUCUGUAGGAACAAAGAUAAUGGGCUAUGUUAAAUGUGUGGUUAAGUUUCUGAAAGACAAGCAGCUUCUCCAGCCACCAAUUAUUGCAUCUGCUUUUGCAAUUGCAAUCGGUGUUAUCCCAUUCUUGAAGAAUUUUGUACUUACGGAUGAUGCUCCUCUGUUCUUUUUCACAGACAGCUGCCUCAUUCUUGGAGAAGCUAUGAUCCCAUGCAUUUUACUUGCUGUUGGGGGCAAUCUUGUCGAUGGCCCUGGUGAAGGAAGUAAGAGGCUUGGCGUGCGUACCACUGUUGCUAUAAUUUUUGCACGGUUGGUCUUGGUCCCUCUUGCUGGGGUUGGCAUUACCAUGUUAGUUGAUAAACUUGGUUUCAUUCCCGAAGGUGAUAGAAUGUUCAAGUUUGUCCUGCUACUGCAGCAUUCUAUGCCCACAUCAGUGUUGUCAGGUGCUGUUGCAAAUCUGAGAGGUUGUGGAAAAGAAUCAGCUGCAAUUUUGUUCUGGGUUCACAUUUUUGCUGUGUUCUCCAUGGCGGGAUGGAUUAUAUUCUAUCUGAGUUUGCUCUUCUAAGUAUGUCACGCCCUGCUACCACAACAAUCUGCAAUUUGUGCCCGCAUUCCAGCCUGUCAGAUGUAACUGCAUUUUCUUGCUAGAUAAUGUUACUUGAUCUGAUUUCAGUCCGCUGGUUCAGAUGCCUUACUGCGCAGGAAUAUCUUUGAGAUCAAAUAUGGUCCAAAAUGUUGAGGAAGAAACCAGUAUCAUGAACUGUACAGAUAUAUCGUUGCAGAGGUACAAGUGUAUCUGUACAGAUAUAUGGAUACGGUCCCUCCUAUAAUCCCAUAUUACCGUGGUCUCCUGCUGCUACAAGCCGUGAGCGAUGGGAACACUUUCCCUUUCCCUCCACGUAUCAACAGGUUCACACCCAACCCUAGAUUGGGAUGCUGGCCUUCUUAGUUCUCCAUAAUAUUAUUUCAUUUGUACUUCCUGUAUAUUGUAAACCUUGAGAUGGCUGUGUUCAAAUAGUUUCUUAUUGGGCGAGGGCUGAAGUAGUAGUAUAGAUGUAUUAUAC